GUAUUUUGGUUGAGGUCACACUAUGACUUACAUUUCUUACUAUACCUGUCUGGAUCCUCCUACAUAACUUGACUCGGUCCAUAUUGAAAAGUUGCACACAACACAUGACUGCAAGAGAAAAUUAAGAAGUCACAGAAAUAUCUCUAAAUUCACAAUAUACACAUUACAGCUUUCACUUCCCAAAACACUACAGGCCAGAUGUUCUCUAUAAUUUCUGCACAAUAUGCAAACUAAAAGAAAAGUCGGAAAGAUCAGAGAUCAUUUAAGACAGAACACUAUAAAGAAAGGGGAAUAAUAAGGACCCACUGGAAGGAUUCAUAAUAACUCCAGAAAUACAUUCUUACGUGUGUUACAAUGUAGUAAAAACUCUUAUUGUCAAAGAGAAGCGCAGAAGGUCACUUCUCUGAAUCUCUAAGAAUUCUCAUAUCCCACCUGGAUGUUUUUUGGCCAUUUUGGGGGAAAUGUUCUGUGGACUGAAAAAGGCUUUUUUGUUGUUGUUUGUUAAAACACAGAUUCCAAACAAGAGGGUUUAAGUUUUGGGUUGCUUUGCAGUCAGUGGAACAAUUGGCUCAUAAUACCAAGAAAUUGCAUAGAAUCGUGUGUUCAGGGUGUAUUGCGCAAAAAUAAAGGUUAGUUGUUAGAGUUUCCAACGAGAAAAGAUCCAUGUAAUGAAACUACUCUGAGCUUGAAGUAGCAAAAUAAAACUCUUAAAUGUGUUUAAAAUGGAAAUGAAGAUUUAUCCUAUGACCUGUUUUGGCUCCUCCUUUUAAAUCAGCGGCAAAUAACACAGUUAAGCUCAAUAUGAAGCCGUUUGGCUGACAAGCGGUCACGUGAUCUCAGCCGAAGUAGCCAGCACUCUUAAACAUGCACAAAAGUUUUCCCCUUAGUGGACCAAAGGAACACACACAGAACACAUGAGGCUCCCAUCCUCCAACUCCAAACUUCAAACUUCUCCGAUCCGUCUGGAGGCGCUCCACGAACGGACCCUGAUGCGCAUUUUUCUUUGACCGAUGUCAGUAACGCUUUUCCUUCCUUCCUUUUUCUUUCAGAAAAGAGAUUAGCAUAUUCGACUAUGGGGUCUCCCUCAGCUCCAGAGGAGAGAAAGAUAUCUGUGUGGGUCUGCCGAGAGGAGAAGCUGGUCCUCGGCUUGUCGAAGCGCAACACCUGCGCUGAUGUCGUGAAAGUGCUCCUGGAGGAGCAGUGCGCGCAAACCGGCCUUUCCACGGCGGAGUCUUACUGCGUCGUGGAGAAAUGGAGGGGCUUCGAGAGAAUUUUACCGAACAAAACCAAACUUUUAAAGCUGUGGCUCGCGUGGGGAGACGAGCGGAAAAACGUCAAGUUUCUGCUGGUGAAAACAGACGCCUCUUUGGAGAACCGCAGGGCCCGGAGCGCAGAGGCGCGCGUGGUGCCGAGCAAGCAGAGCCCUUGCGUCACCAAAGGGUCUCCGAGGUCUAACAUGGCCUGCAUCUCGCCGGAGAAACAGCGUCGGAUUGUUAGGAAAGCUUUCAGAAAGCUGGAGAAGAUCAACAGGAAGAGGACGCGCGCGGCGCACAGAGACGCAUCCAGCGCAGAGAAGAUGGAGACUUUGGUUCAUCUUGUUGUGUCUCAGGACCACACAAUCCGCCAGCAGGUUCAGAGGAUCACAGAACUGGACUCAGAGAUCGAAAGGUGUGAGGCAAAGGUGCAUCUGGAGAGAAUUAAAACGCACGGGGUCAAUUACGUGCAGAACACGUAUCUGGUGGGCGCAGUUUAUGUCCCAGCGCAGGAAGGAAAGGGAUUUUACUCAAAAGAGACUUUUGCCAAACUUAAAGAGUAUGCUCGGCAGUGCGAGGAGGUGCUGAAGCUACAAGAGGAGCUUUCUGAACAGGAGGCCCUGAUGGAUACGAUCACAACUCACAUUCAGGAGGAGCUGAACCUCCGCUGGAUGCAGCGCAGGAAGGAGGAGUUGCGCAUCAAACGGUCCUCAUCUCUCUCCUCCUCCCAGGCAGACUCAGCGCCGCAAAGCGCGCAAUUUAUGGAGGAAGAGAGGAUCAAAACGCAGCUAGAUGCAAGUUUAUACAUCGGCCUGCGACUCAACGCGGAUUUAGAGGCUAUUAGGGGCGAUUUAGAGCUGUCCCAGCAGAUUGGCGCUGCCAGGGAGAAGGAAAUGAGGGAUUUGCUGGACAAAGUGAACAGUAUGGACAUGGAGGAGGAGGACGGCGAUGAAAAGACGCGCCACGGGACAGAUGACAAGGAGACCAUGACUGACACUUUGGAAGGGGAAAGUGAGUGGGUGGAGCAAGCGAGAGGUCUGUCUAAAACAGAAAAUGAGAACGACGACGACUCGGACACAGGCUUAAGCUCUUUGCACAGUCAGGACUCAGACGGCCUCCCAGUGUGGGAAUCACUGGUUUGAGAUUUUACAAGAAAAGAGACGUUGUGUUCACAGUCUCAGGUAAAAACAUCACUGUAGUCUAUUUUUAUAUAACUGAGAUAUAGAGUAUAUGUGGAUUCACAACAGUUAUCAUAGAUCCACUGGAUUAUUAAACUGGCUUGUUCAGAUUUAGUUGUGGUUGGAACUGAAAAAGAAAUUGUUUUGAUAAUAAAAAUUGUUUUAAAGCUCGAAAAUAUUGGAGUUUAUUUCCUUUCCAACAUGAGUUAGUUUGGGCGAAGGAAUUUAAUUAAAUAUGACACGAUGAAUGUGCAGCUAAAACAUAUUUUCAAAAGGUCUGCCAGGAUACACAAUUCAGGAACAGCAUGCUAACACAGACAAAUAUGACAGCAGUGUUUUGGAUUUGUUUGCAGAUGUCAAACAAUGACUUAGUUUUUUGUUUUUGUUUUGUUUUUUUCAUGACCUCUCACACUGAAAUUUCUUUUGCAUGUGAAUCCUGAAGCCAUAAUAUCAUCUAAAGUCAAAACAGAACUGCAGAGCUCUAGCAGAAGGUCAGUUCCACAUCCGGACAGAUAACAAUGAAGCACAGACAUUUAACUUUCAGAUGUGCUGCAACUUCUGAACUUACAGCUCCAUCAAAGCCGAACACAUCCAACUAAAAUAUUGGUACAGGAACAGAAAAACGUCACAUUUUACCAAUUAACAUUCAAAGAAGCUAAGGUUUUUUGCUUUAUUUUAGAAACCAAAAUAAAGACAUCACCUGUUCAAAAAGAGGCCAUCUGGACUUCCAGUUAAAGAUCAUUGCGUUCAAGAGGGAACAGUAGUAAGACAGUAAGUUUUGUUUGCUUCCUGUGGGACAUAGAAGGGUAUCAAUCAUCUGAGGACUGGUGUCUUUAUGGGGACUUUAGAAGAUAAACUGCAAUUUCUUCAUUAGCAUGAAGACUAAUAUGUGAAUUCAAAGUAAAGAUAGUGAUGACGUUGUUAGGGUUACAAUUUGGAGGAAUGCUCCAAUAAUUAUUGGAGCAUUCCUCCAAUAAUUGGAGGGAAGCUUAUGACUGUACAUAUACUGUGUCUAAAUAAGGAGAUUUUUCUGUUUCAAACCGUUUUGGUGACAAUGUUUUUUUGUUUUUUUUUGACACAGCUGUCAUAACAAAUAAAGCAACAAGAAUCAAAGUUUCUGAGCUUUUUAUUAGCAUUUUUAAAUUAUAACGUCAAAUGAUCAAAUCAAAAAUGACUGAAGGCAGACCACUGCUACUGUCUACAGUAAUAGGCAGAACUGAGGACUGAGACAUUGAAGUUAAAGCAGACUGUUGGAAUGUAAUAAAAACAUACAUUCUGCAUGUUUUGUAAUUUACUUUGACUCAUGGAUACUUUUUGCUCACUGGAUAUCAAAGUGGAGUGUUUUCAUGUGCCUUGUGAAGUUCAGCUAAAUUAUAAUGGUUGUCAUUUUAAUUAAAAUGACAGAAAAUGCAUAGAAUUGCUUGUUAAAAUGUUCUCGGUCAACAAACAAGCAAAAGUCUACCCAUCUUACUUUGCUAUGAAAUGAUGUUAGUGUGUGGAAAAUGGGUUAGAUAUGAUCAUUUAUCCUCUGAUGUAUAAGGAAAUCACUAAUUAAACCUUCAAAUGUUUAUUUUUGUAAUUUAACAUGCUAAA